GUCUCUUUAAAACUAAGACUGUUUGAAGUGAGUUUGCCCCAGAAGGGCGAUGGAAAGAGGGUCUAUACCCAUACAUAUCGGACUGUUACUAUGGAUUCUGACCCAAACAUCGGCUCAAAGCAUCAGUCAUGUAUGUAAUUUUACACGGACGAUAAACCAAGAAUCACCCGAGAAAUGUGCCAAAUUCAUAGACAUGGUCGUAACAGGAUGGACAUUGAACCAGACCAAGUCUUUCCCGGGAAAAACACCUCAAGAAAUUAACGAUAUCGUCAGAAAUCCAGGGGAUGUCGACUGCUACUUUUACAAGGUGACGCAUGCGUCUUCUCAGGGCUGCUGUAAUGGCUGGGUCAGUUCACAGGAAGGCACGAUGUUAUGUGACGUCGCGCAAUGUACCCCGAGUUGUCAAAACGGUGGGAUAUGUACAAGUCCAUCUGAUGAAUGUUCAUGUCCCUCCGAGUACACGGGGUAUAGGUGUGAGGACAAAAUAGCAGAUGCGUCGAGCACCCACAAGUUCUGUUACACCGACUCCCUCUGCUCUAAAGCUAAAGUGGAUAAAUACUACAACCAGAUAGUGACAGAAGCAGACUGCUGCACUAAUGGUGGCAGGGGAUGGGGUGUGGGCUCAAACGACUGCAGCAAAUGUGCCAAUGUCGCAAACACUACAACGGAUACCUCGGUUAUAGUACAGACCAAUGAACUCCCGUUCCAAACGUGUCUGAACUUUGGACCCAGCUACUACCGUACAUUUGACGGUCUGGAGUACGAGUUUGGAGGAAUGUGUACCUACACGAUGCUUAAAGACUCGGACAAGGGCUGGAAUGUCGAAGUGACACCGAAGAACUGCGCAAGAAUAGGCGAAUGCACAAAGAAAGUGACCAUAUUCCUUGGAAGCGGAGAGACUAUUUCUGUUGAGGCAGGACAGGUGAAGGUGAACGACGUGGACUUCAUUUUGACAGGAGAGACGCCAAAAUCUACACCAGAUAACACAUUUACGGUACGUAAUAUGAGUGGCUGGGUGUUUGUGGAUUCUGCAAAAGGCGUCAGCUUAAAGGUUGACAGUGAAUCAACAGUUGCGCUCACCAUACACAGUGACAAAGUUCAGGGUGACGUCAACUUCCACGGUCUCUGUGGGAAUUUGAACCGUGAUCCUAGUGAUGAAUUUAGAACCUCCUCUGGAACACUGUCCAGCAGUGCUGUUUAUUUUGCUAAUUCCUGGCAAGUGGUUAACUCACUGGAUGGGUGUAGUCCAGCUGGUUAUAUGCCGAACUACUGCCGAACACCGGAAGAAGAAAAAGCUGCAGCUGACGCAUGCGCUCUCAUAAACUCUUUGCUUCACCCCUGUCAUACAGCUAUUAACCCCAAGAUGUACUACACUAUGUGUAAGAAUAUGCACUGUAAAGCCACAACAGAAAAAGACAGAAAUGAUGUGCGAUGCCAAUAUGCCAAUGCGUACUCCCAAGAAUGUGCCGCAAUAAACAUCAUCAUGAAAUGGAGAUCCAAAUAUUUAUGUCCACGAGAGUGCCCCUCCCCCUUGGAGUACUCUGAGUGUACCUCCUCCUGCCCCCGGACCUGUAAGACACUGUAUCUUGUGGAGCCUGAUGAGUGUAAGAUGUGUAUCAGCGGCUGUCAGUGUCCAGUGGGAACCUUCCUCCAGGACGGAAAGUGUGUCAAGGCAGAGGAUUGUAUGUGUUCAUUUAACAAGAAGCAGUACAAACACGGAGAUACCAUCAAGCAACGCUGCAACUUAUGCACCUGUGAUAGAGGAAGAUGGACCUGUGAAGAAGACAGAUGUUCGUCUAGCUGUGAAAUGACGGGAUUGAAUCAUGUUGCCACAUUUGAUGGAAAUCGUUACAGUUUUGCUCCAGACUCCUGCUCAUACACUUUAGUGGAGCCGGAUUCUAAUAUUGUUCAAGAGAACGAACGUGCUAAUAUGACGAUAAAAAUCAAAAUGGACAAAUGUACUGACUUCCAAGACGUGAACUGUAUCAGCGGAGUCACACUCACAUAUCAAAGUGCAGUUGUAAAGAUGGAGAAAGACAAAAUAUUCAUUAAUCACGUGGACUACAGUGAUACCAUUCGGAACACACCUUACUCUUUCGGAGGAGUCUAUGUUAAAGACGUCACCAAUAAGUUCAGAGUCGUUAAAGCAUUUGGCUUGAAGAUUCUUUACGAUAAAAGAAGAACUCUUUACAUAGAUCUUAAACCAUUCUAUGCCAACAAGGUAAGGGGAAUGUGUGGACAAUUUAAUUACGACAUCACUGAUGACUUCAAAGUGCCAAAUGGUGGAGAACAAGCAUUGAUUCAGAACUUCGCAAAUGCAUACGGUGAUUCAACAUGCCAGACAGGAAUUUACAGCUACAAUUUAGAGAUGGAGGCCAAACAUGAAGCAUGCGCUCCUCUGAUGGAUACGUCAAGUGGAGCCCUUUUUGCAGAAUGUAUUCUAAAACAUGAAGAGUUGUCCAAAUUCUAUUAUACGCAAUGUAAUUAUGAUAUGAUGAAGCGAACCACACAGCUGAACAUGGAGGCUUUAUGCGACACAGUGUCAGCAUUCUCCCGCCAUUGUACAUUUAGCGGUUUAUUUGUACCUUGGUACAAUCACAGCGCUUACAUCACUCGGUGUGAAAACUAUUUAAGCUGUAGUCAAGACGGAUCCGCAGGAUCAGUAUAUACAGACUGUGCCAAAAUUUGCCAUGGAACUUGUCGUGACCAGCAGUUAGCAGACUCCAACUGUGAGGAAGAGUGCGUACCCGGGUGCAUGUGUCCUAAUGGCCAGGUCCAGGACGACUACGGUACCUGCGUCAACAUUAAGCAGUGUACAUGCUACGAUCAGUACUCGCCAAAGGAAAGCAGAAUAAAGAAGGCAGGAGAUGUCGUUACUAGAAAGUGCACUGACUGUACUUGUACAAACGGUACAUUUGCGUGUGGAAAAGAAAGCUGUGAGGAGCAAAUAAUCUGUCCAAAGAAUCAAGUGUACCGAAAGGGUGUUUCGGCAUGCCGAAAGACGUGCGAGAUGUACGGUAGAGAGAUGAUCUGUGACAAUGAUGUGUUAAUGGACGGAUGUGUCUGCGACGAAAAUAACAACACAACUACCUACAUGGCGCCAGAUGGAACCUGUGUUCCCGCUGACCAAUGCCCAUGUCUCUUUGGUACUAAUUGGUAUAAUCCUGGUGAGAGUGUCACUUACGGAUGUAAAGUUUUUCGUUGUGAGAACCAGAACUGGAGAAAGAUUGAAGACAAGAACUGUCCAGCCGUCUGCAGGGCUUCAGGCGACCCCCACUACACUACGUUUGAUGGACUUGCAUAUUCCUUCCAAGGAGUCUGUUCGUAUAUACUCUCUAGAGCCAAAGACAAAAGUUUCCAGAUCAUCACAGAAAACGUUAAGUGCGGUAGUACUGAUGUGUCCUGUACAAAAUCUAUCCAGAUUUCCAUCCGAGGGCAGGAAAUAAACCUUGUCCGAGGAAAAGAUGACGUGAAUAGUACCACAGACAAUACAUAUAAAGUAAACGAUAUUGUCAUCACUAAGCAGAGUUUCUGGACAUCUAUCCAUGCACCCAGUGACAAUCUUACUAUCCUAUGGGACAGUGGUACUCGUGUAUAUGUGUUCCUGAAACCCAUCUGGCAAGGAAGAGUUGAAGGUUUAUGUGGUAAUUAUGACGGAGACUCAGUUAACGAAUAUAAAAAGGUUGAUGGCAGCGAAGGAACCGCCGCUGACUUUGCCAACAGUUGGGCAGCGUCCACAAGCUGCCCAGUCGCAUCUGUUGGAAGUUCUUCUGAAAUCAUACCAUGCUCUGGAGAAUUGUCUCACAGAAAACAAUGGGCUGAAGAAUCCUGUGGAAUUAUAUACAGUGAUAUUUUCAAGUCCUGUCGAGAGUUCCUCACAGACACUGUAGUUACGAGAUACCACUCCAAUUGUCUGUUUGAUGCCUGCAGAUGUGACAGUGGCGGAGACUGUGAAUGUUUCUGUACUGCUGUCGCUGACUUCGCAGAGCGCUGUAAUCAAGCCGGAUAUCCUGUCAAAUGGAGGAGUCAGAAAGUCUGUCCUAUCAUGUGUGAGAAUGGCUUCCGUUACACUCCUUGCGCCUCUCCCUGUCCUCAGACCUGUAGAAAUAUUGGCGAUGAGCCAGAACCUUACUGCAACGACACCCAAUGUGUUGAAGGCUGCUUCUGUCCUGAAGGAUACGUCCAAAAAGACGAGCGAUGUGUUUUGGCUGAAGACUGUCCUUGUUUCUACAAUGGUCAAGAGUGGCCUAAGGGAGCAGUGAUUCAAAGAGACUGCCUUAAUUGCACUUGCAUCAACGGAAAAUUCCACUGCGCUGGAGAAAACUGUACCAUGUGUAAGGACACAGAAUUUACUUGUAAUCGUACUGGAGACUGUAUCAAGAAAGAGUACCGCUGUGAUAGUCACGUGGAUUGCCGAGACGGAAGUGACGAAGAGGGCUGCGAACACGGAUGUAAAGUCGGUCAAUUUCAAUGCAUGAACCUUAACAAGACCUACUGCGUAGACAGCAACGUUUUAUGUGAUGGAAUGGCAGAUUGUAUAAACGGAGAGGACGAAUUGAACUGCACUUACACGUGCACACAGAAUGAAUUUACCUGUGACAGCGGAAAGUGUAUUCCUAGCACCUUUAAGUGUGACGGUAAUAUGGACUGUGGAGUGGGAGACAACUCUGAUGAGACUAACUGUGGAGAGGUACCGUGUGCAAAGGUGCGCACUUUCCGAUGUGGAAAGAACAACACAUUAUGUCUGCCGAUUUCACUGAAAUGCGAUAAACACGACGAUUGUGGAGAUGGAUCAGAUGAAAUUGGAUGCAAUUGCACCUGCAGUAGUACAGAAUUUACCUGUUCAUCAUCCUGUGAAUGUAUUCAGCCAACACAACGUUGUGAUGGAACCCUGGAUUGUAGAGAUGGUUCUGAUGAAAUGGAAUGCCCAUGCACUUUGAACGAGUUCACCUGUGACAACGAGAAGUGUAUCAAUGGAACAAAGCGCUGUGAUGGAGUCUAUGACUGUACUGAUCAGUCAGAUGAGAAAGACUGUGCGACCACUACACCAGCAACAACAACCACUCCUAUCAGCACCAGCCCAACCUCAGCUACACCAUGUGUGAGUGAAGAGAUCAUGUCUAAUCCAGCCCUUCUACCAUCCAGCAAAAUCUACAUUAACCCAUCUCCCAGGGACCCACUGACCGCAGAAAAUCUAAGGCCUGGACCUACCGCAGCCUUAGAAAUUGAUAGUAACACCGCUACAAUAAGUGUCGAUCUAACCACGAACGAUAACCCUGACGGAAGUGUCAUCAAGAGCUUGAACAUUGUAGGGGAUCAGAGCAAUGUGCAAAAACUAACUGUAUCAUACAAACUAUCACCGACAUCCCCAUCCGUAGAGUUUACUGGUUUUACUGGUAUUGGACCAGUGAUUUUCCCAGAUAAUUUCAAAGUGGCGGCGGUGGAUGUAACCCUCACAGAGAGAACAGAUACCAGUGAACCCUAUAGAAUCAAACUGAAUGUGGUCGCUUGCGUUCAUGGUGUUACGACCACACCCUCUGUUUCGACACCAACCACACCGUGUGCUGAUGAGAUGCUGCAACCGACAUCAUCCAUUAUGACAGUAUCAACUACUGGACUUUCAGUGGUCACCUUAGCAACUAAUGUAUUUACGACAACCGGAAUUACGUCACCAUUGGGAUCAAUAACACCAAUCACGGUUGAUUUGUCAUUUAACACACCGGAACCCCCAAAGGUCACUGAUGUGGUCUUUACUGUUACAAAUGGGAAAAAUGUCCAAGUCACAUUCAAAGAUGAAAAUAGCUUACCAACUACAAUGACACCCACAAUGACGUCGAAUGGGCGAAUUAUAUUGGAUUUCAAUGGCCAACCUAGCAAAGGAAUCACCAUUACAGUAACUCCAAAAUCCACUAUAGAGCCAGUCACUGUCAAAGAGACGGAAGUGAAAGCAUGCACACAGCCAGCUACAACCAUUGCAACAGAGAGCACACCUCAAACAACAGUCAUACCAACCACAACAACUGUGCCAUCAACACCCAGUGGAUCAACACCUUCUGUAACAGCUUCAACAUCAACGCCAAGUGGACCAACCACUACUUCAGCAACUACAGCUUCCACGCCGUCAUUAACAGAAUCUACCCCUUUCACUGAAUCGACACCUGUAACAGAAGUUACUCCCAUAACAACAACAGUUUGCCAAGACAUAAUGAUAAAUCAAGGAAACUCUGAUUUGGUGACUGUGAGCAGUAGCGUUUAUCCAAAUCCCAAAGAUGUUUUUACUGUGACGGGUGCCUCUGAAAAUGCACAGACAUCAAUAGCUUCUGCUAUUUUGACAUUUAGCAAUAACGCUAAGAUAAAUGAUGUACUCCUGACGGUAGCAAAUGCAUAUAAAACCAAACUAGAUCUUCUAAGGGAAGAUGGAACAAUUGCAGCAACUAGAGAAGUCGCUUACCAAGGCAAAGUAAUGGUGGAUUUUCUAGGCGCCGAGGGCAAAUCAAUAAAAAUACAAUUAUUUAAGGACAUAACAUCGAAUCCAUCCAAGAUUUCUUCUGUUGAAAUUCAGGCAUGCACACAAGGUCUUACCACCACAACCAGUAAGACAACUCCUUCUGUUACAGUACAAACAACAACACCGAGUGUACCAACCACCACUCCAACCACAAUUUGUGUGGAUGCCAUGUUGCCCGCGGGUGUGGAUGUGUUGUCACCCAGCAGUAGCGAUAUUCCAACAGGCGAUCUUCCAAAGAUAUUGACUCCUACGGGUGCCACUACUACGACAGACAACCCUACUCCCACAGUUGUAUUUGACUUGAACAAAGAAACGCCUCCUCGUGUCACCGAGGUCAGCGUUACAGUAACCAAUGCUGAUCGAGUGGACGUUGAACUGGAACAACCAAACGGAGAAAAAAUAACCAAGACACCAGUUAUUCAACCAAGCGGAGUUGUGACAGUGAACUUCAACGGAGAAGAGGGAACAAAAAUAACCAUAAAGAUAACCAAGAAGGAUGCAAGUCAACCUUCAACAGUAUCUGAUGUCAAAGUGAAGGCCUGUACUGAGGUCACAACGACAGCCUUGACCACAACCGUUGGAACCACACCAGCCGUUUCAACACCCAGUGGGCCGACACCCUCUGUUACAGUACCAACAACAACACCUAGUGUACCAACCACCACUCCAACCACAAUUUGCGUGGAUGCCAUGCUGCCAGCGGGUGUAGAUGUGUUGUCACCCAGCAGUAGCGACAUUCCAACAGGCGAUCUUCCAAAGAUACUAACUCCUACCGGUGCCACUACCACGACGGACAACCCUACUCCCACAGUUGUAUUUGACUUGAACAAAGAAACGCCUCCUCGUGUCACCGAGGUCAGCGUUACAGUAACCAAUGCUGAUCGAGUGGACGUUGAACUGGAACAACCAAACGGAGAAAAAAUAACCAAGACACCAGUUAUCCAACCAAGCGGAGUUGUGACAGUGAACUUCAAUGGAGAAGAGGGAACAAAGAUAACCAUUAAGAUAACCAAGAAGGAUACAAGUCAACCAUCAACAGUAUCUGAUGUCAAAGUGAAGGCCUGUACUGAGGUCACAACGACAGCCUCGACCACAACCGUUGGUACCACACCAAGCGUUUCAACACCCAGUGGGCCGACACCCUCCGUUACAGUACCAACAACAACACCCAGUGUACCAACCACCACUGGACCAACACCCUCCGUUACAGUAACAGAAACAACUCCGAGGGUACCAACCACCACUCCAACCACCAUUUGUGUGGAUGCCAUGCUGCCCGCGGGUGUGGAUGUGUUGUCACCCAGCAGUAGCGAUAUUCCAACAGGCGAUCUUCCAAAGAUAUUGACUCCUACGGGUGCCACUACCACGACGGACAACCCUACUCCCACAGUUGUAUUUGACUUGAACAAAGAAACGCCUCCUCGUGUCACCGAGGUCAGCGUUACAGUAACCAAUGCUGAUCGAGUGGACGUUGAACUGGAACAACCAAAUGGAGAAAAAAUAACCAAGACACCAGUUAUCCAACCAAGCGGAGUUGUGACAGUGAACUUCAAUGGAGAAGAGGGAACAAAGAUAACCAUUAAGAUACCAAGAAGGAUACAAGUCAACCUUCAACAGUAUCUGAUGUCAAAAAUUUCUUCCUUUCUUGUAGUCACAACGACAGCCCCGACCACAACCGCUGGUACCACACCAAGCGUUUCAACCCCAAGUGGGCCGACACCCUCUGUUACAGUACCAACAACAACACCCAGUGUACCAACCACCACUCCAACUACAACUUGUGUGGAUGCCAUGCUGCCCGCGGGUGUGGAUGUCUUGUCACCCAGCAGUAGCGACAUUCCAACAAGCGAUCUUCCAAAGAUACUAACUCCUACCGGUGCAACUACUACGACGGACAACCCUACUCCCACUGUUGUAUUUGACUUGAACAAAGAAACGCCUCCUCGUGUCACCGAGGUCAGCGUUACAGUAACCAAUGCUGAUCGAGUGGACGUUGAACUGGAACAACCAAACGGAGAAAAAAUAACCAAGACACCAGUUAUUCAACCAAGCGGAGUUGUGACAGUGAACUUCAACGGAGAAGAGGGAACAAAAAUAACCAUAAAGAUAACCAAGAAGGAUGCAAGUCAACCUUCAACAGUAUCUGAUGUCAAAGUGAAGGCCUGUACUGAGGUCACAACGACAGCCUUGACCACAACCGCUGGUACCACACCAAGCGUUUCAACCCCAAGUGGGCCGACACCCUCUGUUACAGUACCAACAACAACACCCAGUGUACCAACCACCACUCCAACUACAACUUGUGUGGAUGCCAUGCUGCCAGUGGGUGUGGAUGUGUUGUCACCCAGCAGUAGCGACAUUCCAACAGGCGAUCUUCCAAAGAUACUGACUCCUACCGGUGCCACUACCACGACGGACAACCCCACUCCCACAGUUGUAUUCGACUUGAACAAAAACACGCCUCCUCGUGUUACCGAGGUCAGCGUUACUGUAACCAAUGCUGAUCGAGUGGACGUUGAACUGGAACAACCAAAUGGAGAAAAAAUAACCAAGACACCAGUUAUCCAACCAAGCGGAGUCGUGACAGUGAACUUCAAUGGAGAAGAGGGAACAAAGAUAACCAUUAAGAUAACCAAGAAGGAUACAAGUCAACCUUCAACAGUAUCCAAUGUCAUAGUGAAGGCCUGUACAGAAGUCACAACGACAGCCCCGACCACAACCGCUGGUACCACACCAAGCGUUUCAACCCCAAGUGGGCCGACACCCUCUGUUACAGUACCAACAACAACACCCAGUGUACCAACCACCACUCCAACUACAACUUGUGUGGAUGCCAUGCUGCCAGUGGGUGUGGAUGUGUUGUCACCCAGCAGUAGCGACAUUCCAACAGGCGAUCUUCCAAAGAUACUGACUCCUACCGGUGCCACUACCACGACGGACAACCCCACUCCCACAGUUGUAUUCGACUUGAACAAAAACACGCCUCCUCGUGUUACCGAGGUCAGCGUUACUGUAACCAAUGCUGAUCGAGUGGACGUUGAACUGGAACAACCAAAUGGAGAAAAAAUAACCAAGACACCAGUUAUCCAACCAAGCGGAGUCGUGACAGUGAACUUCAAUGGAGAAGAGGGAACAAAGAUAACCAUUAAGAUAACCAAGAAGGAUACAAGUCAACCUUCAACAGUAUCUGAUGUCAUAGUGAAGGCCUGUACAGAAGUCACAACGACAGCCCCGACCACAACCGCUGGUACCACACCAAGCGUUUCAACCCCAAGUGGGCCGACACCCUCUGUUACAGUACCAACAACAACACCCAGUGUACCAACCACCACUCCAACUACAACUUGUGUGGAUGCCAUGCUGCCAGUGGGUGUGGAUGUGUUGUCACCCAGCAGUAGCGACAUUCCAACAGGCGAUCUUCCAAAGAUACUGACUCCUACCGGUGCCACUACCACGACGGACAACCCCACUCCCACAGUUGUAUUCGACUUGAACAAAAACACGCCUCCUCGUGUUACCGAGGUCAGCGUUACUGUAACCAAUGCUGAUCGAGUGGACGUUGAACUGGAACAACCAAAUGGAGAAAAAAUAACCAAGACACCAGUUAUCCAACCAAGCGGAGUCGUGACAGUGAACUUCAAUGGAGAAGAGGGAACAAAGAUAACCAUUAAGAUAACCAAGAAGGAUACAAGUCAACCUUCAACAGUAUCCAAUGUCAUAGUGAAGGCCUGUACAGAAGUCACAACGACAGCCCCGACCACAACCGCUGGUACCACACCAAGCGUUUCAACCCCAAGUGGGCCGACACCCUCUGUUACAGUACCAACAACAACACCCAGUGUACCAACCACCACUCCAACUACAACUUGUGUGGAUGCCAUGCUGCCAGUGGGUGUGGAUGUGUUGUCACCCAGCAGUAGCGACAUUCCAACAGGCGAUCUUCCAAAGAUACUGACUCCUACCGGUGCCACUACCACGACGGACAACCCCACUCCCACAGUUGUAUUCGACUUGAACAAAAACACGCCUCCUCGUGUUACCGAGGUCAGCGUUACUGUAACCAAUGCUGAUCGAGUGGACGUUGAACUGGAACAACCAAAUGGAGAAAAAAUAACCAAGACACCAGUUAUCCAACCAAGCGGAGUCGUGACAGUGAACUUCAAUGGAGAAGAGGGAACAAAGAUAACCAUUAAGAUAACCAAGAAGGAUACAAGUCAACCUUCAACAGUAUCCAAUGUCAUAGUGAAGGCCUGUACAGAAGUCACAACGACAGCCCCGACCACAAGCGCUGGUACCACACCAAGCGUUUCAACCCCAAGUGGGCCGACACCCUCUGUUACAGUACCAACAACAACACCCAGUGUACCAACCACCACUCCAACUACAACUUGUGUGGAUGCCAUGCUGCCAGUGGGUGUGGAUGUGUUGUCACCCAGCAGUAGCGACAUUCCAACAGGCGAUCUUCCAAAGAUACUGACUCCUACCGGUGCCACUACCACGACGGACAACCCCACUCCCACAGUUGUAUUCGACUUGAACAAAAACACGCCUCCUCGUGUUACCGAGGUCAGCGUUACUGUAACCAAUGCUGAUCGAGUGGACGUUGAACUGGAACAACCAAAUGGAGAAAAAAUAACCAAGACACCAGUUAUCCAACCAAGCGGAGUCGUGACAGUGAACUUCAAUGGAGAAGAGGGAACAAAGAUAACCAUUAAGAUAACCAAGAAGGAUACAAGUCAACCUUCAACAGUAUCUGACGUGAUAGUGAAGGCUUGUACAGAGGUAACAUCUACAACUCAAACUACUGAAAAGCCUGGAGUUGUAACAACGACAGCAUUGGUGACAACUACUUAUUUCGUUACAACAACCAGUUCCGCUCCUUCUUCAACAACAGUUUGCACACAACAAGAGGGAAUGGACGACGUCUCCCAGAUUCCGUCUUCCAGCAUAGUUUUCCCCAACAAUGUGGUUUCUCCCGCUGAUUUGGAAAAAGUGAGGCCUGGGAACGUUAAUGGUCCAUUACCAAUAAAAGAAACAAGUUCAGAUAAACCCAUAGUCAUUAAAAUAAGUCUUACACCUGAUGGCGUGGAGGUGGGAGAGAUCAAAAUCAGUCCCGAUGAUCUUCUACCGGACAGUUUAGUCGGUCAGAGCAACGUUGAUUUCUUCACGGUCUCAUACAAAAAGCCAGGAGAUGAUACCUUGUACCCAUUGGACAGCGGGAAGAAGUUCCCUGUGACUGGGUCAGCUGAUCUGAAUGGAAAAUUGGCCACUGAGGUAGAAAUAACUAUACAACCUGUUGACCCAACCGCUGAUAUUCUAUUAGUGGCCUCCAUCAAAGCCUGCUUUGGGGGCAUAACGACAACUCCGUUAAAAACGACCCAGGGUGGCUUUACACUAGCCCCUGUGUCUUCCGCUUCUACUUCGUCAUUGGAAACGACAACUGUGCCUACUGGAACAACAGGUGCCGGAGCCUUCACGCCAGGUACUAUAUCCUACACUCCUGCUACUGCAGGAGCACCAAGCCUGCCGUCGUUAUCAUCUACUACUCUUUUAUCUACAGCAGCUGCAACAACAACUGUUUCAUCGACAGCGGCAACAACAGAAUUGACAACAGUUUUGCAAGAAAGCCCCCCAACUCCACCCCAGUUCACACUUCCUACACCUGGACUUUCAACAACAACAUCUACAUUGUCGACGACAGCAGGAACAACCACAGGUACCCCUCCUACAAUAUCGCAACCUACAACAACGCAAGGACAGACACCGUCUACAACCUCAAGUACCAGUGGCACAACAGUCAGCAUCCCAUCUACUCCGGCUACCAAAGUCACUACCUCGUCCUUUACUACCCCAUCUGGAAGUUCAACAACAAUAAAAAUCACCACACCGAGCGUGACCCCGUCCACAGGAACGCCGAGUGUCACGCCCUCAACUGGCACACCAAGUGUUACUCCAUCAACAACAGGAACUCCAAGUGUCACUCCAUCAACUGGUACCCCAAGUGUAACACCUUCAACUACUGGCACCCCAAGUGUCACACCUUCAACGGGAACACCCAGUGUCACUCCAUCCACUACAGCAACACCAAGCGUUACGCCUUCAACAACUGGAACGCCAAGUGUCACACCUUCAACAGGAACACCAAGUGUCACUCCCUCAACGGGAACACCAAGUGUCACUCCAUCAACGGGAACUCCAAGUGUCACACCCUCAACAGGAACACCAAGCGUCACUCCUUCUACGGGAACUCCAAGUGUCACUCCCUCAACUGGCACACCAAGUGUCACACCUUCCACAACAGGAACACCUAGUGUGACCCCGUCCACAGGAACGCCGAGUGUCACGCCCUCAACUGGCACACCAAGUGUUACUCCAUCAACAACAGGAACUCCAAGUGUCACAUCAACAUCUCCAACUGUCAAGUACCCCAAGUGUAACACCUUCAACUACUGGCACCCCAAGUGUCACACCUUCAACGGGAACACCCAGUGUCACUCCAUCCACUACAGCAACACCAAGCGAACACCAAGUGUUACUCCCUCAACGGGUACACCGAGUGUCACCCCCUCUACGGGAACUCCAAGUGUCACACCCUCAACAGGAACACCAAGCGUCACUCCUUCUACGGGACCUCCAAGUGUCACUCCCUCAACUGGCACACCAAGUGUCACACCUUCCACAACAGGAACACCUAGUGUGACCCCGUCCACAGGAACGCCGAGUGUCACGCCCUCAACUGGCACACCAAGUGUUACUCCAUCAACAACAGGAACUCCAAGUGUUACUACAUCAACAACAGGAACUCCAAGUGUCACUCCAUCAACUGGUACCCCAAGUGUAACACCUUCAACUACUGGCACCCCAAGUGUCACACCUUCAACGGGAACACCCAGUGUCACUCCAUCCACUACAGCAACACCAAGCGUUACGCCUUCAACAACAGGAACGCCAAGUGUCACACCUUCAACAGGAACACCAAGUGUUACUCCCUCAACGGGUACACCGAGUGUCACCCCCUCUACGGGAACUCCAAGUGUCACACCCUCAACAGGAACACCAAGCGUCACUCCUUCUACGGGAACUCCAAGUGUCACUCCCUCAACUGGCACACCAAGUGUCACACCUUCCACAACAGGAACACCUAGUGUGACCCCGUCCACAGGAACGCCGAGUGUCACGCCCUCAACUGGCACACCAAGUGUUACUCCAUCAACAACAGGAACUCCAAGUGUCACUCCAUCAACUGGUACCCCAAGUGUAACACCUUCAACUACUGGCACCCCAAGUGUCACACCUUCAACGGGAACACCCAGUGUCACUCCAUCCACUACAGCAACACCAAGCGUUACGCCUUCAACAACUGGAACGCCAAGUGUCACACCUUCAACAGGAACACCAAGUGUUACUCCCUCAACGGGUACACCGAGUGUCACCCCCUCUACGGGAACUCCAAGUGUCACACCCUCAACAGGAACACCAAGCGUCACUCCUUCUACGGGAACUCCAAGUGUCACUCCCUCAACUGGCACACCAAGUGUCACACCUUCCACAACAGGAACACCUAGUGUGACCCCGUCCACAGGAACGCCGAGUGUCACGCCCUCAACUGGCACACCAAGUGUUACUCCAUCAACAACAGGAACUCCAAGUGUCACUCCAUCAACUGGUACCCCAAGUGUAACACCUUCAACUACUGGCACCCCAAGUGUCACACCUUCAACGGGAACACCCAGUGUCACUCCAUCCACUACAGCAACACCAAGCGUUACGCCUUCAACAACAGGAACGCCAAGUGUCACACCUUCAACAGGAACACCAAGUGUUACUCCCUCAACGGGUACACCGAGUGUCACCCCCUCUACGGGAACUCCAAGUGUCACACCCUCAACAGGAACACCAAGCGUCACUCCUUCUACGGGAACUCCAAGUGUCACUCCCUCAACUGGCACACCAAGUGUCACACCUUCCACAACAGGAACACCUAGUGUGACCCCGUCCACAGGAACGCCGAGUGUCACGCCCUCAACUGGCACACCAAGUGUUACUCCAUCAACAACAGGAACUCCAAGUGUCACUCCAUCAACUGGACGAGUCACUCCCUACACAGGUACACCAAGUGUCACCCCUUCCACAGGAACACCUAGUGUCACACCUUCAACGGGAACACCAAGUGUCACGCCAAGCACUACUGGUACACCAAGUGUCACACCCUCAACAGGUACCCCAAGUGUUACUCCAUCAACCACUGGAACACCAAGUGUAACACCCUCAACAGGAACACCAAGUGUCACACCAUCCACGGGUACACCAAGCGUGACCCCAUCCACAGGAACGCCAAGUGUUACACCCUCAACGGGUACACCAAGUGUAACGCCAACAACAGGAACACCGAGUGUCACUCCUUCAACAGGUACACCAAGUAUCACGCCUUCAACUGGAACACCGAGUGUAACACCUUCCACAGGCACACCUAGUUUUACACCCUCGACAACAGGUACACCUAGCGUCACUCCCUCGACAACAGGCACACCUAGUGUAACACCUUCUACAGGAACCCCAAGUGUUACGCCAAGUACUACUGGUACCCCAAGUAUCACACCCUCAACAGGAACCCCAAGUGUUACUCCAUCAACCACUGGAACACCAAGUGUAACACCAUCAACGGGCACACCAAGUGUCACACCAUCCACGGGUACACCAAGUGUGACCCCAUCCACAGGAACGCCAAGUGUUACACCCUCAACGGGUACACCAAGUGUAACGCCAUCAACGGGCACACCAAGUGUUACUCCAUCCACAGGAACACCCAGUGUCACUCCGUCUACAUCAGCAACACCAAGUGUAACACCUUCAACAGGAACACCAAGUGUCACACCUUCCACUGGAACACCAAGUGUCACUCCCUCUACAGGCACACCAAGUGUCACUCCUUCAACAGGUACACCAAGUGUCACACCUUCGACUGCAACACCGAGUGUCACACCUUCCACAGGAACACCUAGUGUCACACCCUCGACAACAGGCACACCUAGUGUCACACCUUCAACGGGAACACCAAGUGUCACGCCAAGCACUACUGGUACACCAAGUGUCACACCCUCAACAGGUACCCCAAGUGUUACUCCAUCAACCAUUGGAACACCAAGUGUAACACCCUCUACAGCAACACCAAGUGUCACACCAUCCACGGGUACACCAAGCGUGACCCCAUCCACAGGAACGCCAAGUGUUACACCCUCAACGGGUACACCAAGUGUAACACCAUCAACAGGAACACCAAGUGUAACUCCUUCCACAGGAACACCAAGUGUCACUCCCUCUACAGGUACACCAAGUGUCACUCCAUCAACAGGUACACCAAGUGUCACGCCUUCGACUGCAACACCGACUGUCACACCUUCCACAGGAACACCUAGUGUCACACCCUCGACAACAGGCACACCUAGUGUCACACCUUCAACGGGAACACCAAGUGUCACGCCAAGCACUACUGGUACACCAAGUGUCACACCCUCAUCAGGUACCCCAAGUGUUACUCCAUCAACCACUGGAACACCAAGUGUAACACCCUCUACAGCAACACCAAGUGUCACACCAUCCACGGGUACACCAAGCGUGACCCCAUCCACAGGAACGCCAAGUGUUACACCCUCAACGGGUACACCAAGUGUAACGCCAUCAACGGGCACACCAAGUGUUACACCAUCCACAGGAACACCGAGUGUCACUCCGUCCACAUCAGCAACACCAAGCGUUACACCUUCAACAGGAACACCAAGUGUAACACCUUCCGCAGGAACACCAAGUGUCACUCCCUCUACAGGUACACCAAGUGUCACUCCUUCAACAGGUACACCAAGUGUCACGCCUUCGACUGGAACACCGAGUGUCACACCUUCCACAGGAACACCUAGUGUCACACCCUCGACAACAGGCACACCUAGUGUCACACCCUCGACAACAGGCACACCUAGUGUCACACCUUCAACGGGAACACCAAGUGUCACGCCAAGCACUACUGGUACACCAAGUGUCACACCCUCAACAGGUACCCCAAGUGUUACUCCAUCAACCAUUGGAACACCAAGUGUAACACCCUCUACAGCAACUCCAAGUGUCACACCAUCCACGGGUACACCAAGCGUGACCCCAUCCACAGGAACGCCAAGUGUUACACCCUCAACGGGUACACCAAAUGUAACGCCAUCAACGGGCACACCAGGUGUUACACCAUCCACAGGAACGCCCAGUGUUACUCCGUCCACAUCAGCAACACCAAGCGUUACACCUUCAACAGGAACACCAAGUGUAACACCUUCCACAGGAACACCAAGUGUCACUCCCAGUACUACUGGAACACCAAUUGUAACACCAUCAACGGGUACACCACAGUUUACGCCAUCAACAGGUACACCUAGCGUCACACCUUCAACCUCUGGAACACCAAGUGUUACACCAUCUACAAGAACGCCGAGUAUUACACCAUCAACUGGUACCCCAAGUCUAACAUCUACAGGUACGCCAAGUGUUACUCCCUCAACAUCUGGAACUCCAAGUGCCACUCCCUCAACUGGAACUCCAAGUGUCACACCAUCGACUGGAACUCCAAGUGUCACUCCCUCAACUGGAACUCCAAGUGUCACGCCAUCAACUGGAACUCCAAGUGUCACUCCCUCAACAACUGGAACACCAAGUGUCACUCCCUCAACUGGAACUCCAAGUGUCACGCCAUCAACUGGAACUCCAAGUGUCACGCCAUCGACUGGAACUCCAAGUGUCACGCCGUCAACUGGAACUCCAAGUGUCACUCCCUCAACUGGAACUCCAAGUGUCACUCCCUCAACUGGAACUCCAAGUGUCACGCCAUCAACUGGAACUCCAAGUGUCACUCCCUCAACUGGAACUCCAAGUGUCACGCCAUCAACUGGAACUCCAAGUGUCACGCCAUCAACCUCUACAACAGCUACAUUCACACCAACUCCAACCCCAACAGGAACAUCGCCAAGUACAACUGUGGGAAAUCCUUGUCUGGAAGUUAAUGGAAUGCUUGAUUCAGCAAUAAUACCAAGUGACAGUAUUACGUUGAGUGAACCAUCACUUCAGACGGAGGUCGACAAACUCAGAACAAAUGGGCCACUUGUAGUACCAGUUGCAAUUACAACAUUGACAAUUACCAUAGACUUGCCUGGAGAUGUUCAGUUGGGUUCUAUCAAUCUAGGUGCAUCACCCAAUGUUAGAAAAUUCGAGGUUUCUUUGAAGAAAUCGACAGAUAAUGCGCCAACUUUAUACAAGGAAGUCACCGACUCGAAUUCCUUACUGUUCCCAAGUGGAAUUGAGGCAGACCAAGUUGUUAUUACCCUCUUAGAAAAGAACGAUGUCGCUGUGGGCUAUCAAAUCCAAAUUGAUCUACGAGCAUGCUUUGAGAUUGGAUCAACUAGUGUACAGCCACAAACAUCACCGCCAUCAACGACCUCAAUAACGACAACUCCAAUUGAAUCAACACCACUAACGUCAAGCACAGUUGGGACAACUCCAAGUAGCUCAACACCAAGUGGAUCAACACCAAUUGUUACAACACCAAGUGGAACGACACCAAGUUCAUCAACCCCAAGCAGUCCAACUCCCAGCGGACCGACACCCAGUGGAGUAACCCCUAGCGUGACCACCAUCAGCACGCCGCCGUCUACACCAGCAACCGCAGUUACAACUCCAUCAAUAUCAACUCCUUCCUCUGGGACAAUAACUCAGACGGGUCCUACAACUCCAACUACAUCUCAAGGACUUCCAACAACAACAGUUGUUUCAUCCGUCGGAACAACAGCAGCUGCUGGUUUUACACCCGCCACUAUAACUUAUACACCUGCUACUGCUGGAGGGCCAAGUCUUCCUCCUCUUCUGUCUACUACUUCGCCUUCAGCAGCUACAACAAAACAAACAGUAACGACACCAAAACUUUUUACUACAACAAUUUCAACUAGAACGCCAAGCGUUACACCUUCAACGGGUACACCUAGUCUAACGCCAUCAACCACUGCAACACCAAGUGUAACACCUUCUACAGCAACACCAAGUGUCACACCAUCCACGGGUACACCAAGCGUGACCCCAUCCACAGGAACGCCAAGUGUUACACCCUCAACGGGUACACCAAGUGUUACUCCAUCAACCACUGGAACACCAAGUGUAACACCCUCUACAGCAACUCCAAGUGUCACACCAUCCACGGGUACACCAAGCGUGACCCCAUCCACAGGAACGCCAAGUGUUACACCCUCAACAGGUACACCAAGUGUAACGCCAUCAACGGGCACACCAAGUGUACACCAAGUGUCACUCCCUCAACAGGUCACUCCAUCAACAUUUACACCAAGUGUCACGCCUUCAACUGGAACACCGAGUGUCACACCUUCCACAGGAACACCUAGUGUCACACCCUCGACAACUGGCACACCUAGUGUCACACCCUCGACAACAGGCACACCUAGUGUCACACCUUCAACGGCCACACCAAGUGUCACGCCAAGCACUACUGGUACACCAAGUGUCACACCCUCAACAGGUACCCCAAGUGUUACUCCAUCAACCACUGGAACACCAAGUGUAACACCCUCUACAGCAACUCCAAGUGUCACACCAUCCACGGGUACACCAAGCGUGACCCCAUCCACAGGAACGCCAAGUGUUACACCCUCAACAGGUACACCAAGUGUAACGCCAUCAACGGGCACACCAAGUGUUACACCAUCCACAGGAACACCGAGUGUCACUCCGUCCACAUCAGCAACACCAAGCGUUACACCUUCAACAGGAACACCAAGUGUAACACCUUCCACAGGAACACCGAGUGUCACUCCCUCUACAGGUACACCAAGUGUCACUCCAUCAACAGGUACACCAAGUGUCACGCCUUCGACUGGAACACCGAGUGUCACACCUUCCACAGGAACACCUAGUGUCACACCCUCGACAACAGGCACACCUAGUGUCACACCCUCGACAACAGGCACACCUAGUGUCACACCUUCAACGGCCACACCCAGUGUCACGCCAAGCACUACUGGUACACCAAGUGUCACACCCUCAACAGGUACCCCAAGUGUUACUCCAUCAACCACUGGAACACCAAGUGUAACACCCUCUACAGCAACUCCAAGUGUCACACCAUCCACGGGUACACCAAGCGUGACCCCAUCCACAGGAACGCCAAGUGUUACACCCUCAACAGGUACACCAAGUGUAACGCCAUCAACGGGCACACCAAGUGUUACACCAUCCACAGGAACACCGAGUGUCACUCCGUCCACAUCAGCAACACCAAGCGUUACACCUUCAACAGGAACACCAAGUGUAACACCUUCCACAGGAACACCGAGUGUCACUCCCUCUACAGGUACACCAAGUGUCACUCCAUCAACAGGUACACCAAGUGUCACGCCUUCAACUGGAACACCGAGUGUCACACCUUCCACAGGAACACCUAGUGUCACACCCUCGACAACUGGCACACCUAGUGUCACACCCUCGACAACAGGCACACCUAGUGUCACACCUUCAACGGCCACACCAAGUGUCACGCCAAGCACUACUGGUACACCAAGUGUCACACCCUCAACAGGUACCCCAAGUGUUACUCCAUCAACCACUGGAACACCAAGUGUAACACCCUCUACAGCAACUCCAAGUGUCACACCAUCCACGGGUACACCAAGCGUGACCCCAUCCACAGGAACGCCAAGUGUUACACCCUCAACAGGUACACCAAGUGUAACGCCAUCAACGGGCACACCAAGUGUUACACCAUCCACAGGAACACCGAGUGUCACUCCGUCCACAUCAGCAACACCAAGCGUUACACCUUCAACAGGAACACCAAGUGUAACACCUUCCACAGGAACACCGAGUGUCACUCCCUCUACAGGUACACCAAGUGUCACUCCAUCAACAGGUACACCAAGUGUCACGCCUUCAACUGGAACACCGAGUGUCACACCUUCCACAGGAACACCUAGUGUCACACCCUCGACAACUGGCACACCUAGUGUCACACCCUCGACAACAGGCACACCUAGUGUCACACCUUCAACGGCCACACCAAGUGUCACGCCAAGCACUACUGGUACACCAAGUGUCACACCCUCAACAGGUACCCCAAGUGUUACUCCAUCAACCACUGGAACACCAAGUGUAACACCCUCUACAGCAACUCCAAGUGUCACACCAUCCACGGGUACACCAAGCGUGACCCCAUCCACAGGAACGCCAAGUGUUACACCCUCAACAGGUACACCAAGUGUAACGCCAUCAACGGGCACACCAAGUGUUACACCAUCCACAGGAACACCAAGUGUCACUCCGUCCACAUCAGCAACACCAAGCGUUACACCUUCAACAGGAACACCAAGUGUAACACCUUCCACAGGAACACCGAGUGUCACUCUCUCUACAGGUACACCAAGUGUCACUCCAUCAACAGGUACACCAAGUGUCACGCCUUCAACUGGAACACCGAGUGUCACACCUUCCACAGGAACACCUAGUGUCACACCCUCGACAACUGGCACACCUAGUGUCACACCCUCGACAACAGGCACACCUAGUGUCACACCUUCAACGGCCACACCAAGUGUCACGCCAAGCACUACUGGUACACCAAGUGUCACACCCUCAACAGGUACCCCAAGUGUUACUCCAUCAACCACUGGAACACCAAGUGUAACACCCUCUACAGCAACUCCAAGUGUCACACCAUCCACGGGUACACCAAGCGUGACCCCAUCCACAGGAACGCCAAGUGUUACACCCUCAACAGGUACACCAAGUGUAACGCCAUCAACGGGCACACCAAGUGUUACACCAUCCACAGGAACACCGAGUGUCACUCCGUCCACAUCAGCAACACCAAGCGUUACACCUUCAACAGGAACACCAAGUGUAACACCUUCCACAGGAACACCGAGUGUCACUCCCUCUACAGGUACACCAAGUGUCACUCCAUCAACAGGUACACCAAGUGUCACGCCUUCAACUGGAACACCGAGUGUCACACCUUCCACAGGAACACCUAGUGUCACAUCCUCGACAACUGGCACACCUAGUGUCACACCCUCGACAACAGGCACACCUAGUGUCACACCUUCAACGGCCACACCAAGUGUCACGCCAAGCACUACUGGUACACCAAGUGUCACACCCUCAACAGGUACCCCAAGUGUUACUCCAUCAACCACUGGAACACCAAGUGUAACACCCUCUACAGCAACUCCAAGUGUCACACCAUCCACGGGUACACCAAGCGUGACCCCAUCCACAGGAACGCCAAGUGUUACACCCUCAACAGGUACACCAAGUGUAACGCCAUCAAGCACACCAAGUGUUACAACAUCCACAGGAACACCAAGUGUCACUCCGUCCACAUCAGCAACACCAAGCGUUACACCUUCAACAGGAACACCAAGUGUAACACCUUCCACAGGAACACCGAGUGUCACUCCCUCUACAGGUACACCAAGUGUCACUCCAUCAACAGGUACACCAAGUGUCACGCCUUCAACUGGAACACCGAGUGUCACACCUUCCACAGGAACACCUAGUGUCACACCCUCGACAACUGGCACACCUAGUGUCACACCCUCGACAACAGGCACACCUAGUGUCACACCUUCAACGGCCACACCAAGUGUCACGCCAAGCACUACUGGUACACCAAGUGUCACACCCUCAACAGGUACCCCAAGUGUUACUCCAUCAACCACUGGAACACCAAGUGUAACACCCUCUACAGCAACUCCAAGUGUCACACCAUCCACGGGUACACCAAGCGUGACCCCAUCCACAGGAACGCCAAGUGUUACACCCUCAACAGGUACACCAAGUGUAACGCCAUCAACGGGCACACCAAGUGUUACACCAUCCACAGGAACACCAAGUGUCACUCCGUCCACAUCAGCAACACCAAGCGUUACACCUUCAACAGGAACACCAAGUGUAACACCUUCCACAGGAACACCGAGUGUCACUCUCUCUACAGGCACACCAAGUGUCACUCCAUCAACAGGUACACCAAGUGUCACGCCUUCAACUGGAACACCGAGUGUCACACCUUCCACAGGAACACCUAGUGUCACACCCUCGACAACUGGCACACCUAGUGUCACACCCUCGACAACAGGCACACCUAGUGUCACACCUUCAACGGCCACACCAAGUGUCACGCCAAGCACUACUGGUACACCAAGUGUCACACCCUCAACAGGUACCCCAAGUGUUACUCCAUCAACCACUGGAACACCAAGUGUAACACCCUCUACAGCAACUCCAAGUGUCACACCAUCCACGGGUACACCAAGCGUGACCCCAUCCACAGGAACGCCAAGUGUUACACCCUCAACAGGUACACCAAGUGUAACGCCAUCAACGGGCACACCAAGUGUUACACCAUCCACAGGAACACCAAGUGUCACUCCGUCCACAUCAGCAACACCAAGCGUUACACCUUCAACAGGAACACCAAGUGUAACACCUUCCACAGGAACACCGAGUGUCACUCCCUCUACAGGUACACCAAGUGUCACUCCAUCAACAGGUACACCAAGUGUCACGCCUUCAACUGGAACACCGAGUGUCACACCUUCCACAGGAACACCUAGUGUCACACCCUCGACAACUGGCACACCUAGUGUCACACCCUCGACAACAGGCACACCUAGUGUCACACCUUCAACGGCCACACCAAGUGUCACGCCAAGCACUACUGGUACACCAAGUGUCACACCCUCAACAGGUACCCCAAGUGUUACUCCAUCAACCACUGGAACACCAAGUGUAACACCCUCUACAGCAACUCCAAGUGUCACACCAUCCACGGGUACACCAAGCGUGACCCCAUCCACAGGAACGCCAAGUGUUACACCCUCAACAGGUACACCAAGUGUAACGCCAUCAACGGGCACACCAAGUGUUACACCAUCCACAGGAACACCAAGUGUCACUCCGUCCACAUCAGCAACACCAAGCGUUACACCUUCAACAGGAACACCAAGUGUAACACCUUCCACAGGAACACCGAGUGUCACUCCCUCUACAGGUACACCAAGUGUCACUCCAUCAACAGGUACACCAAGUGUCACGCCUUCAACUGGAACACCGAGUGUCACACCUUCCACAGGAACACCUAGUGUCACACCCUCGACAACUGGCACACCUAGUGUCACACCCUCGACAACAGGCACACCUAGUGUCACACCUUCAACGGCCACACCAAGUGUCACGCCAAGCACUACUGGUACACCAAGUGUCACACCCUCAACAGGUACCCCAAGUGUUACUCCAUCAACCACUGGAACACCAAGUGUAACACCCUCUACAGCAACUCCAAGUGUCACACCAUCCACGGGUACACCAAGCGUGACCCCAUCCACAGGAACGCCAAGUGUUACACCCUCAACAGGUACACCAAGUGUAACGCCAUCAACUGGCACACCAAGUGUUACUCCAUCCACAGGAACACCGAGUGUCACUCCGUCCACAUCAGCAACACCAAGUGUAACACCUUCAACAGGAACACCAAGUGUAACUCCUUCCACAGGAACACCAAGUGUCACUCCCUCUACAGGUACACCAAGUGUCACUCCUUCAACUGGAACACCGAGUGUCACACCUUCCACAGGAACACCGAGUGUCACUCCGUCCACAUCAGCAACACCUAGCGUUACGCCUUCAACAGGAACACCAAGUGUAACACCCUCAACGGGAACACCUACUAUAUCAACCUCAACAUCUGUUACUCCAAGUUCUGUAACCACUCCUAUUGUUACUUUUAGUACAACAUCCACUUUAACGCCAACACCAAGUGUUUCAGUGUCCUCUCCUAUUACAUUAGGUUCCACUACCAGUACAAGGGUAACAACAGUCACUGUUCCAACUUCACCAACAACAGUACAACCCUGUGUAAAAAGUGUACUGACCUACGCCAAUGCUGGAACUGCUUUGACUGUGUCUCCCGUGGAUGCUGAAUUUUCUUUGUUGAAUUCUGGUGGUACCUACAGCUACCCACAAUCAACGAUAUUAUACAGAAUAAAUGACGAUGCUGCAAAAAUAUUUUCUGUCAAGCUUACUGUGAAAAAUAUUCAAAGUUUUACUGUUGAUAUAUGGUCUGGCGAAAAUUUAAUCGGUUCAACGUCAACGAAUGUUGUGGACACAACCUCGGCAACUCCAUAUACAAUAUCACUUAAUGGAACGACUGGGAAUGAUGUCAGUGUGAAUGUUGUACCGGUCCCAGGUCAAGUCAUAGACAUUUCUGCUGUAUCCAUAGAGGCGUGUUAUUCUCCAGUGACAACAACAAUCGCUCCCACAACAGUUACCCCAACAACAAAACCAACGACUCCCUCCACCUCAACGCCAACUACAACAACACCAUGUGUCGAGACGAUGAUUGCUCAAGGAAGCAACACAAAUGCAAUCAGCAUUGUCCUGCCAAGUUUGACAUCUCCUUUAAAUAUCUUAAGUGGAACUGGAGUUUCACUUGUUGAGCCCACACCAAAACUGGAAUUUAUCCUUCUUGAUCAGGACGAGUCGUCUGCUGUGACAACAGUGACUUUUGAUACUACGAACGUAUCUAAGGUCAAGGUCACUUUGUUGGACAAAGACAACACAGAAGUGAAAACUACAGAGAACACUCCAAUUGGUAAUAAGAUUACUGCGAACCUUGGUGGAUCCGAGGGACAAAGAAUAAGAAUUGAGCUUACGAAAUCUACAUCAACGCAGGGUGUUACCAUAUCUUCUCUUAUUGUUAGAGCCUGUAUAGAAAUAGUUUCCUCUACAACAACAGUCGUUACUUUGCCCACCACCACCUUCCAAACCACCACCGCAAAACCAUGUGUGUUCAACAAGGAAGUAUUUGUUCAAAACUUUGGGUAUCAACCUGCUGACGUCAUCGGUUACGUCAAUAAAGAUAAUGAUGACUCUGUUAUCUCUGAGUCCGAAAAGAUUUACGUUGGUGACUCUUUAGAUGACGGUGUUGUGGUCAUAAUUAAUGGAUGUAGUAACUGUUCCUGUACUGAUGGAUAUAUGAACUGUCAGAUUGGAUCUUGUGAAGAAUGCACAUACCAGUCAUGGAGUGAAUGGUCUCAAUGCUCCAAACCUUGUGGUAUUGGUCGCCGAGAGAGAACUAGGAUCCUCACCACCACUCUUACUCCAGAUCACUGUAAAGAGACAUUAAUAGAAACGGAGGAUUGUAAUACUGAACCGUGUCCAACAACCACCCCAGUUUGUGAGGCCUGGUCCGAAUGGUCCGCGUGCACAGCUGUGAAUUGUAAGCCAGGAACAAAGUCAAGGACAAGAGAUUGUGCAGGAAAUAUGGACUUUGAAAACGAGGCUUGUUUCAAACUUGAUGAGAAUUGUACCAAUGUAAACUGCACUGAGAAUGAGGAAUACGUGAAUUGUUCUGGAGUUGUAACGAAUUGUCCAUUAACCUGUCUGGAUCUGCGCAAUCCCGGAAGCUGUGUGGAACCAGACGACUGUCAGCCGGCCUGUCACUGCAAGCCUGGUUACGUUAAAAACGAUGACGGCAUAUGUGUCAAGGAAGAGGAAUGCCCAUGUUACCAUAACAACCAACCCGUACCGGAAGGUCACAUUAUCAGCACUUCUAAAUGUGAAACAUGUAAAUGUGAGAACAAGCAAAUGUCGUGCUCAGUCAAUGCCUCUUGCUGUGAGUACACGGAAUGGCAGACCUGGUCAGAAUGUAGCACUACAUGUGGAGCCGGAACACAGAGUCGCUACAGGGAAGUCAAGAAAGGAGAUGCCGGUAACUGUCCAGAUGUUCAUGAAACCAAGGGAUGCGAAUCCACUGCCACAGAAUGUGUACAGUGUAUCUACCAAGGAAAGACAUACGCAGUAGGCGAUAUUGUGUCAUCCGGAAAUUGUGAAAUAUGCUACUGCUACAAUGUAGGAAACGUCAUGUGUAAACCAGAUCCUAAACAAGAUGUAAAUGGCACUUGGUCAUCAUGGCAGACGUGGAGCUCUUGUAGUUCCACCUGCUCUGGAGGUCACAAGAAGAGAACUAGAACAUGCAACAACCCCACACCUUCCUGUAACGGUCUCCCUUGUAGUGGCUCAAAUGAGGAGACAGGGCCCUGCAAUCAAGACAUAUCUUGUUGUAUAACCACCCCAUGGAGCGAAUGGACAGACUGUACUAAGACUUGUGAUGGACCAGGAAAGCAGUUCAGAAACCGUCAGUACGUGGAUCCAGCAGAUGCUAAUGUCUGUAACGAAACACUUGUGGACGACAAGGACUGUGGCACCGACCCAUGUAUUACUGAAUGCGAGAUAUCAGAGUGGUCGGCUUGGACAGAUUGUGUUGUACCAUGCGGAAAAGGCAAAGUUACAAGAGUUCGUCAAAUUAUUGUAAAUGCUACAGAUUGUCCCAAAGAUCUGAAGGAGGAGAAGGACUGCGACAAUGGAGACUGCACUUGUCCUGAUGAUCAAAUAUGGUCUAACUACUCACUGUGCCAACGAACAUGCGAGACCCGGGACAAGAACAUUGACGAUCUGUGCAAUAAGAUUGAGCCGGGCUGUGUGUGUCCAGCAGGACUUUACAUGGAGAACAAUAAAUGUGUCAAUAUCACAGAGUGUCAGAAAUGUGUCAUUAAUGGCACCGAAUAUCAGCCCUCGGAGCCUAUUCCUUCCCCUGACUCCUGCCAGUAUUGUGAGUGUUCUGACGGGGAGAUGGUGUGUAGUCGCCGCUGUGAGAUACCCGUCUGUCCAGAGGGAGAAGAGCUUUCGUACGAAGGUGUUACAGAUAGCUGUUGUCCAAGAUGCAAACCAAUAAAAACAACAUGUCAACUUCAUACAGAAAAACGAGUCAUCAACGACGAGAAAACUGGCUGUGUGUCUGUUGGUGAAGUAGAGUACACCUACUGUUCUGGCUCGUGUGGAAUCUCUAAGUACAUGCCCACCAUUGUUCCUACGGGAUCAACAGAAGACGGCUUCGACAAGACCUGUAAAUGUUGUACCGGAGAAUCUGCCGGGGAGAAAAUUAUCAGUGUUAGGUGCGGCCCUGAGCAAACUCUACAGGAAGCCAAGAUUAAGAUCGUCAACAAAUGUAGCUGUGACGUGUGUAGCCUGACAGAGAGUGAACAGAACCAAGCGUAUGGAGCGCCAGGGAGACGAUAGAGACAAUUAGUGAUAAUUAACAUUUUACAAUUAACUCACUUCUACAGAAGACCACAAAUGUUUGUUAAAUGAAUUUAUAAAUAUUAUAUACAUAUAUAUUUUAUUGUUUAUUAUGAGAUAUCUAUUAAAAAGUAUGCAGGUUUA